AUGAAUGACGAGCUACACAGUGGUGAACAAAUUGUUUUGGGCUACAUUCAGAAUUCUGAUAGCGAUUCAGACGAUGAUUCUGAUGGCGAUUCAGACGAUGAUUCUGUUUUUCCUCAUCUUGCAAACGGUUAUGCAAAUCCCGUAGAAAUUAGAGUAUCUUCGAUCGAUCUCAACGAUGACGAACAUACAAAAAGCAACAAAGAAGAUGAUGAUGAGAGGAUGAGAGGGGUUACUGAUUCGGCGAUACGGAGAGCGUUCAGAGAAGAUGAGAGUCGUCGGAAUGCUCCGUUGACGGUCGAGAUGGCAAUGAGAGUGAUGGAGGGUUGGGAUCCAAUAAUUCUAUACUGGACUAAAGCUCCAAACUCUGAAGAUUGA